GGACGGGCGCUCGUUGGGCACGGAGCCGGGGAUCGCGCGCGGUUCCGUGCAAAGGUGAACAACAAAGGACAUCAGUGCUGACGGAUGGACGCCGGCGUCUCCCUGCCUUGCCCUCCUCCCGUGGCGGGCCCGGCACAGUUCCCGUUUCUGUGGCUGGAUUUCAGCGGGGUCGCCCCUUGGCAGUUACUCCCCGUAAGAUUGUAACGAUCGGCGAGCCAGGCUCUCCCAGGAGCCUGCAGCGGCCCCGGGCGAUGAGCCCGGCCCGGAGGCUUCCCCGGGAGAAAGCGUUAUGGAUUUAUCACUCCUAAUGCCCCCUCCUGCCGAGGGCCGGGCACACUUUUUCUUUUAAAUUGGGGACAGACCUAGUGAUUUAGAAGAUGUGGAGGUAUGUGUGCCGGUGCUAAAUCCCUUUGCCUGUAAUUUAAACAAAUCUGGGAAGCCUUCCCAGGGAGUGGUAUUUUUUUUCCAACUUGCCGAGGAAUAGGGGUUCCCGAGUCCUGGGAGAGGACCGUCGGUGGAGCACAGUCAUUUCCGAUGUUUCCGUGAGCUGCCAUCUGGACCGUGGCUGUUAGCGAGACAAUAGUUUGUCUGGGCCCCACCUCUGGGAAGGGGUGCCCGCUUCCCCUCUCUUCAAAGUGGAAGGAGGAGGAGCUGGUGGGUAACCCCCUCCCCCCCACCUUUUUGGGGGUAGGUUAACCCUUGCCAGGAGAAGACAAUGCCUUCGCUGAGCUGGGGAGGAACCCAGGCCCCCCUGUCCCUGGCUUUGACAUCCCCACCCAGCAGCCUGGAGCCCUUCCCAGAUGCUGCUUCCUUCCAAGAGUUAAAUGAGACUCCUGACGGCCGGGAUUGAUUCUCCUCAUUUCCGUCCGUGCCAGGUCACAGCUGGGGAGCUGGUGUUGAUUAGCUCUGCCCCGGCCUUUCCCUGCGAGCCGUGGGCAGAGGCUGGACACGCACCCUGGGACGUCCUGGACCGCCAGCCGGAUGUUAUCAGUCAGGCUUCUGGGGCUGCAGCGGGCGCCUGGCUCCCGGGUGGCUGUGAUUUGGUCCUGGAGGGGCAGGCGGUGGCGUGGGGAGCACUUGCUUGGGACGCGGAGGCAGAGUGAGGCUAGAGUGAUUGCCAGUUUCCGAGGCACCGUCCCCUACGGCCUGUCGCUGGAGAUUGGAGACACGGUUCAGAUCCUGGAGAAGUGCGAUGGCUGGUACAGAGGAUUUGCCUUAAAAAACCCAAAUAUCAAGGGCAUCUUUCCUUCCAGCUACGUUCACUUGAAACAUGCCGGUGUGAAGAACAAAGGACAGUUUGAGAUGGUGAUUCCCACCGAAGACUCCGUUAUCACAGAAAUGACCUCGACGUUGCGAGACUGGGGCACCAUGUGGAAGCAGCUGUAUGUGAGAAAUGAGGGCGACCUGUUCCACCGGCUGUGGCACAUCAUGAACGAGGUGCUGGACCUGCGGCGCCAGGUGCUGGUGGGCCACCUGACGCACGACCGCAUGAAGGACGUGAAGCGCCACAUCACCGCCCGCCUCGACUGGGGCAACGAGCAGCUGGGCCUGGACCUGGUGCCCAGGAAGGAGUACGCGAUGGUGGACCCGGAGGACAUCAGCAUCACCGAGCUCUACCGCCUGAUGGAGCAUCGGCACCGGAAGAAGGACGCGCCGGCGCAGGCCAGCAGCCACCACCUCUUCGUGCAGCUGAAGAGCCUCAUGUGCUCCAACCUGGGCGAGGAGCUCGAGGUCGUCUUCUCGCUCUUCGACAGCAGGGAGAACCGCCCCAUCAGCGAGCGGUUCUUCCUGAGGCUGAACAGGAACGGGCUGCCCAAAGCCCCCGACAAGCCGGAGCGGCACUGCUCUCUCUUCGUGGAUCUGAGCAGCGGCGAGCUGCGAAGGGACAUCUACAUCACGGUGCACAUCAUCCGGAUCGGUCGGAUGGGGGCGGGAGAGAAGAAGAACGCCUGCAGCGUGCAGUACCGGCGCCCCUUUGGCUGCGCGGUCCUCAGCAUCGCCGACCUGCUGACCGGGGAGACCAAGGACGACCUCAUCCUGAAAGUGUACAUGUGCAACACGGAGAGCGAGUGGCACCAGAUCCACGAGAACAUCAUCAAGAAGCUGAACGCACGCUACAACCUGACCGGCUCCAACGCGGGUUUGGCCGUGUCCCUGCAGCUGCUGCACGGAGACCUGGAGCAGAUCCGCAGGGAGUACCCGUCGGUGUUUUCUCACGGCGUGUCCAUCACCAGGAAGCUGGGCUUCUCCAACAUCAUCAUGCCGGGUGAGAUGAGGAACGACUUGUACAUCACCGUGGAGAGGGGGGAGUUUGAGAAAGGAGGCAAGAGCGUGGCCAGGAACGUGGAGGUGACGAUGUUCAUCGUGGAGAGCGGCGGCCAGACCCUGAAGGACUUCAUCUCCUUCGGCUCCGGGGAGCCCCCGGCCAGCGAGUACCACUCCUUCGUGCUGUACCACAACAACAGCCCGCGCUGGGCCGAGCUGCUGAAGCUGCCCAUCCCCGUGGACAAGUUCCGGGGCGCACACAUCCGCUUCGAGUUCCGGCAUUGCUCCACCAAGGAGAAGGGCGAGAAGAAGCUGUUUGGCUUCUCCUUCAUCCCCCUGAUGCAGGAGGACGGCAGGACGCUCCCAGACGGCACGCACGAGCUCAUCGUGCACAAGUGCGAAGAAAACACGAGCCUUCAGGACCCUACCCGCUACCUCAAGCUCCCCUUCUCCAAGGGCCUGCUCCUUGGGACUAGCAACCUCGCCCCCAAGACCACAAAGGAGUCUUUUUGGAUCACGUCGUUCCUCUGUUCCACGAAACUCACCCAGAACGGCGACAUGCUUGACCUUCUGAAGUGGAGAACCCACCCCGACAAGAUCCCAGGCUGCCUCUCCAAGUUAAAAGAGAUCGACGGCUCUGAGAUCGUCAAGUUUCUGCAAGACACCCUGGACACCUUGUUCGGGAUUUUAGAUGAAAAUUCCCAAAAGUAUGGGUCGAAAGUGUUUGAUUCUCUGGUUCACAUCAUAAAUUUGCUACAAGACAGCAAAUUCCAUCACUUCAAGCCAGUGAUGGACACGUACAUCGAGAGCCACUUCGCCGGGGCCCUGGCGUACAGGGACCUCAUCAAGGUGCUCAAGUGGUACGUGGACCGGAUCACGGAGGCGGAGCGGCAGGAGCACAUCCAGGAGGUGCUGAAGGCCCAGGAGUACAUCUUCAAGUACAUAGUGCAGUCGCGCCGGCUGUUCUCGCUGGCCACGGGCGGGCAGCACGAGGAGGAGUUCCGCUGCUGCAUCCGCGAGCUGCUCCUGUCCGUGCGCUUCUUCCUCUCGCAGGAGAGCAAAGGGGCCGGGCCACUCUCUCAGUCCCAGGCCGUGUUCCUGAGCUCCUUCCCCGCCGUGUACUCGGAGCUGCUGAAGCUCUUCGACGUCCGGGAAGUGGCCAACCUGGUGCAGGACACGCUGGGCAGCCUGCCCACCCUCCUGCACGUGGACGAGACGCUGCAGGCGGUGAAGCUGCAGUGCAUCGGCCAGACCGUGGAGAGCCAGCUCUACACCAACCCAGAUUCCAGGUGCAUCCUGCUGCCCGUGGUCCUGCAUCACCUGCACAUGCACCUGCGGCAGCAGAAGGACCUGGUCGCAUGUGCACGCAUCCUCAGCAACGUGUUCUGCCUCAGCAAGAAGAACAGCUCGGAGAAGUCCGUGCUGGAGGAGAUCGACGUGAUCGUGGCCAGCCUGCUGGACAUCCUGCUGCGGACCAUCCUGGAGAUCACCAGCCGCCCGCAGGCCUCCGGCCCCGCCACGCGGCUCCACUUCCAGGAUGUCACCGGGGAGUUUGUUGCUUGUCUCCUGUCCCUGUUACGACAAAUGACAGACAGGCAUUAUCAGCAGCUUCUUGACAGUUUCAGUACAAAGGAAGAACUGAGGGACUUCCUGCUGCAGAUAUUCACUGUGUUCCGAAUAUUGAUACGGCCCGAGAUGUUCCCCAAGGACUGGACUGUCAUGCGCCUGGUGGCUAACAACGUGAUCAUCACAACGGUUCUCUACCUGUCAGACGCACUUCGUAAGAACUUCUUAAAUGAAAACUUCGAUUAUAAGAUCUGGGAUUCCUACUUUUUCCUCGCGGUCAUUUUUAUAAACCAGCUGUGUCUGCAAUUGGAGAUGUUCACACCUUCCAAAAAGAAAAAGGUAUUAGAAAAGUAUGGCGACAUGCGGGUGACAAUGGGCUGUGAGAUCUUCAGCAUGUGGCAAAACCUGGGGGAGCACAAGCUUCAUUUCAUCCCUGCCCUGAUCGGGCCCUUCCUGGAGGUGACCUUGAUUCCACAGCCGGACCUGCGGAACGUCAUGAUUCCGAUUUUCCACGACAUGAUGGACUGGGAGCAGAGGCGGAGUGGCAACUUCAAGCAGGUGGAAGCCAAGCUCAUCGACAAACUGGAUAGCCUGAUGUCAGAAGGCAAAGGGGACGAAACCUACCGGGAGCUCUUCAACAGUAUUCUGCUGAAGAAAAUCGAGCGGGAAACAUGGAGGGAGAGUGGGGUCUCCUUGAUCGCCACGGUGACUCGUCUGAUGGAGAGGUUGUUGGAUUACAGGGACUGCAUGAAGGUGGGCGAGGUGGAUGGCAAGAAGAUCGGCUGCACAGUGAGCCUUCUGAACUUUUAUAAGACGGAACUGAACAAGGAAGAGAUGUACAUCCGCUACAUCCACAAACUCUACGACCUGCACCUCAAGGCACAGAACUUCACAGAGGCCGCCUACACCCUCCUGCUGUACGAUGAGCUGCUAGAGUGGUCGGACCGGCCGCUGCGCGAGUUCCUGAGCUACCCGGCGCAGACCGAGUGGCAGCGCAAGGAGCACCUGCACCUGGCCAUCAUCCAGAACUUCGACAGGGGCAAGUGCUGGGAGAACGGCAUCGUCCUGUGCCGGAAGAUCGCAGAGCAGUACGAGAGCUACUAUGACUACCGGAACCUGAGCAAAAUGCGGAUGAUGGAGGCUUCUCUGUACGACAAGAUUAUGGACCAGCAGCGCCUGGAACCAGAGUUCUUCAGGGUUGGAUUUUAUGGGAAAAAAUUUCCAUUUUUCUUAAGAAACAAGGAGUUCGUGUGCAGAGGGCACGACUACGAGCGGCUGGAGGCGUUCCAGCAGCGGAUGCUGACCGAGUUCCCGCACGCCAUUGCCAUGCAGCACGCCAACCAGCCUGACGAGACCAUCUUCCAGGCGGAGGCGCAGUAUCUGCAGAUCUACGCCGUGACCCCCAUCCCCGAGAGCCAGGAGGUGCUGCAGAGAGACGGUGUCCCCGACAACAUCAAAAGCUUCUACAAAGUGAACCGCAUCUGGAAGUUCCGCUACGACAGGCCAUUCCACAAAGGCCCCAAGGACAAGGAGAACGAGUUCAAGAGUCUCUGGGUGGAGAGGACGUCGCUGUUCCUGGUGCAGAGCUUGCCAGGCAUCUCCCGCUGGUUCGAGGUGGACAAGCGCGAGGUGGUAAGGACCAGACUUGUUCGGGGCACUUUCUUCUCACUGCUGCUCACCCGGGACCCUGCCAGGGCAUUCUUUGUCAAGGAGUAUAUCUUAAGUCACCCUGAAGACGGAGAGAAAAUUGCCCGGUUACAAGAGCUGAUGCUUGAGCAGGAGUUCUCUGCUUGUAUACAAGCCAGCCCAGUCCACUUUCCUAACGGAAGCCCUCGUGUUUGCCGGAACUCGGCGCCUGCCUCCAUGAGCCCAGACGGUUCCCGGGUAAUUCCCAGGCGCAGCCCGCUAAGUUACCCGGCCAUCAACCGGUACUCCUCGUCGUCGCUGUCCUCACAGGCCUCCGCUGAAGUCAGCAACAUCACGGGGCAGUCGGAGAGCUCCGACGAGGUCUUCAACAUGCAGCCAAGCCCGUCUACCUCAAGCCUGAGUUCCACCCACUCUGCCUCGCCCAACGUGACCAGCUCUGCUCCAUCAAGUGCCAGAGCUUCUCCUCUCUUGUCCGACAAACACAAACAUUCCCGAGAGAACGCCUGCCUGUCCCCCCGGGAGCGGCCGUGCAGCGCCAUCUACCCCACACCUGUGGAGCCUUCGCAGAGGCUGCUGUUCAAUCACAUUGGAGACGGAGCCAUGCCGCGCAGCGACCCAAACCUGUCCGCACCUGAGAAAGCUGUGAACCCCACCCCUAGCAGCUGGAGCCUGGACAGUGGGAAGGAGGCCAGGAGCAUGGCGGAGAGAGGGGGGCUCCUCUCGCCCCCUGUCCCUCCGCGACCCGCACUGACGGCUUCGCCUGCGAGACACACGGCGCCGGUCUCCCCCUCACCUGCCGGGCGGUCUCCGUUGAAGGGCCCGGGGCAGUCCUUCACGCCCUCCCCGGUGGAGUACCACUCGUCCGGGCUGCUCUCCAACUCGCCGGUGCUGUCGGGCAGCUGCAGCAGCGGCAUCUCCUCGCUCAGCCGGUGCAGCGCGUCGGAAAUCUCGGGCUUCGAGAACCCGGUGAAUGAGAGGCAUCGGCGCUCGUUGAUGUCCGGUUGCACAAUACUCACCGUCACUGACCCCAACGCGGGCCACGUGGUGGCUGAAGCUCUGCAAGCCCUGCUCCUUUGGAGGCGGUGA